GCUUAAUGUUGCCAGUUUCAUGGUGUUGACGGACGGACGGUGGAGCAGCAAACAGCAAACUAGGAUGAUGCGAGCAUUUUGUAGCAUCCUCCGGUCGUAUUGAUAGCGGAAUAAGUGCGUUUGUAAGUUCCAUUGUCAUAGUGUUAGCGUUAAACAGUUGAAUACCGACGUAGUGUCAAAAUGAUGGAAGAAAUUGAUAGAUUCCAAGUACCAACAGUGAACGAUAACCCGGAGAUGCAACCGCUGGACCCCGCUGCGACUGCCACCUGUGAGGCGGACACAGACACAAGAGAGUCUGAAGGUGUGGCCAUGAACUACAAGCCCUCCCCACUGCAGGUCAAGAUUGAGAAACAGAGAGAGCUGGCCAGGAAGGGUUCGGUCAAGAACGGAACGGUGGGCAGUCCCGUCAAUCAGCAGCCCAAGAAGAACAAUGUGAUGGCCAGGACACGGCUUGUUGUGCCCAACAAGGGAUACUCAUCUCUAGACCAGAGUCCGGACGAGAAACCUCUAGUAGCGCUGGACACAGACAGCGAUGAUGACUUUGACAUGUCCAGAUACUCGUCGUCAGGAUACUCCUCAGCCGAGGUGAGAUGUCUGAGGGAGCAGCAAAUCAACCAGGACCUGAACAUCCAGCUCCUGAAGGAUGGCUACCGGUUGGACGAGAUCCCAGACGACGAGGACCUGGACCUCAUCCCCCCGAAAUCCGUCAACCCCACCUGCAUGUGCUGCCAGGCCGCCACCUCCUCCACAGCCUGCCAGAUCCAGUAGCACCCUCCUCCUCUUCAUCCUCUUCCUCCUUUUCCUUUUCUCAUCUCUCCAUCCCUCUUAUCUUUGCCCCUCUACCCAUCACCCCCUCGUCUCUGUCGUGAGACGAAUAAGAGUUACGAGUUCUCUAAAUGGAAUGAUGACUAAACGAAUAGAAAAUGGCAAUGAGUUAAAAUGUUAUAUUACUGUAAUUAAUAUAAAAUGAAAGGGGAAAAAAUGGGGUAAAUGCACAAAAAAUAGAGUUCCUAACUGUCAUUGGUUCCUCCUAUGGUAGGACGCGUGUCUUUGCAUCAUCUUCAGCGGGGAAUGGAGCUUGUGUAUGUGUUUGGGUGUGCUAGACAAAACCUGCUUUGGUUACAAAUGCACGGAGAAAAGGGACAAAAAAACAAAUCUAAACGGAAAACAAAGUGAGUAAACACUAAAUGUUCUGUGCUUGCACAACCUCUCACUCCACUGUCUUGCUUGUGAUCUGGGUGAAUGUGUACGCAGUGCAUGUUUGUUGCAGGCGUCCGGAGGUGCUUCGGUCUCGUGGGUCGUAGAUGGCUAUUGGGCUCUCCCGCCAAACUGCUACUUUGUAUGGUCAUGGUCAAACUGUAGCAAAAGCAAAAGAGGGACUAACUUGUAUUUAACACUUUUUUUGUUUUGUUUUUUUGAAGUCCCUGCACUCCUUAAGAUGAUCUAUCAAAACUGGUUCACUUCCCCUGUCAGACCCUAUAUUGUUUACAUUGUCUCGUUUUGUUUCCAUAGUCUGGGGUUUGUGCAAAUCCACUAUCCCAUUUCCCCCUGAUCCAAGGGGAAAAUACAGGGUUGAACUGCAUGUGUCAACGAGAAAUUAUAUGGACGAGAUAUUCAUGUUUUUCUUUUUUAAAUUUAUAUUGGUGUUAUUAUUUAUUGUAAUGAAAUGUUACUCUCUGUUAGCAUGUUGCUGCUUCUAGUAGUAUCAGAGCUCACUGGGGCAUCAGGAGGAAGAAUGACAGUGUGUCACCAGUGUAAUGCUAGGACUCUGGUUCCCUUGAUCUUGAUUGCUCCUCAGUACACUUAGCAGAAGUUAGGAGACAGCCAAGCAGACUGAUUAAACAAAAUGGUUGCCAGAUCUUAUACUGAAUGACACACUAAACCAGUCCCUCUUCCAGGUCUCUCAGUGACUUGAUUGCAUCUGUUCGAGAGACUGGAAAGUCUUUCCUGGCCAUUUGGUUUUCAUUCUACCAGGGAAAAAAACAAGGUGCGACAGAAAACAAACCCAUCUAUACCAGGUGUGUGGAGAUGAAGCAGCCCUUUCUGUCGGUGUUCUGUAUGUUUUUGCAGUUCACAUGAACAGGUCACUGUUCAUUUUGUUCAUAAUUUGUUUAGUCUUUACUUUUUAAUUAUAAUUAAUUUAUUAUUAAGUUUGUGCUUGUUUAUUUCCAGUGGUUACUUACAUUGUUAGUGAAAACGGUUACAUGCAGUAGUCAUCAUGUGUUCAUCCUGGUGCACCAUGGGAGGUCAAUUAGAGAGAGAUGUUCAUGUUGAAGUAGCUGCUUUGUCCUGUACAGUGGUGUGACAUCACAAAUAUACUAGUUCCAGCUGCCCCCAGCUCAUGUGUCGUAUCUCAAUGUCCCGUCUCUGUUUUUGUUUGAGUUUCUUGUCUCUUCAUGUGUGCCAAACAAUGAAACGAGGCAGAAAUAGUGGUGUGGUAGAACUCCGACAUUUUACUCCCCCAAAAAAAUCCAGAAAAAUAUUAAUUCAGAUUAGCAAUUUUGAAAAAAAUUAUUGUGCUGUGUUGCCAGACUAAAAAUGCCAGUAUCUACUUUUAUGUGCAGAGCUGCCAUAUUGCGUUGUGCUACACCACAUAAGCUAGCAUGCUAUAGCUAGCACAUAUAAACUUGUGUUCCUCUCACUACCAUUACUCCCUUGUGUCUAUGCUGUCUGAUCACACACGGCCCCAUUUCUUUGCUUUUAUAACCAAAGACUCAAUAAUAAGUCAGAUGAAUCUUUCAUCCCUUCUAAAGGCCUUUAGGCCCCAUGCAUGAGAACGGUUGAGUAUUUUGUCAAAGUUAUACAUAAUGUAUAUUGUACAUGGCCACUGUGUCAGUCUUAGCAAUGAAAGGGAUUGUCUUUUCUGAAAAUAAGAGAAAAGAUAUGUGUCUAGUUGUUUGUGGUGGUGAGUAGACUACC